AUGGCGUCGAUUGGAGAAUAUGUUAUAGUAGGUGGUGAUUUCACGGGUGAAUGGGUGGAGACCCCAAAAUGUUGGAAUUGGAAUUCUUCGAGCAAGGUGACAGUAUCGAUCGUCGUGCGUCUCAAUGGUACAUAUAACGAUUUGGUUGAGAGCGUAAAGGAAAGCGGGGAGUUAGAUUGUGAGCCCAGCGACUUGCGCAUUAGUUAUAUGAUUAAUGCUCUGCCCACUAAGGGAAAAGCUCACCCUUCUUUCAUAACGAAUGAUAGGCAUGUGGUAUUGUAUAUGCUUGAUAUUGCUGCUGAUGGUUGUAGGCUUGUUUUGAGAAUAAAUGUUGUUGAGAGGUCUCAAGCAGCGUCGACAUCAGCAACACCACCCCUACCCCCACCCCCACAACAGCCAGUUGAUGCAAAUUCAAUGCAAAAUGAGAGCAUGGGUAAUCAUUCAAUGGAUAUGGAUGAUCAUGAUAUUGAUGUCGAAGAGUGUGAUGGGCAGCCUAAUGGAUCACAAACAAACCAUCUCUUCAAUGAUGGAACUGAUUUUUACAUCGGGCAAACAUUCGAUAGUAAGGAAAAUUUAAAAUUUUUAUUGAAGAAAGCUGCAAUAAAGAGGCCGUUCGGUUUCGCACCGAUCAAGAGUAAUAUCAAAUACUAUAAGGUGGAAUGCACAUCUCCUAAUUGUGGCGGGAUGUUGCGGUGUAGUAAAUACAAGAGCUCAGAUAGGGUUCUCCUUUACAAGUACGUUGGGGAGCACACUUGUGGUGUAGAACAUGUUACGAGCCUUCAUAAGCAUGCCUCGUCACAUGUCAUUGCACCAGUCUUGAUGAAUGACUAUAUUGAAAACAAAGGGCCAUCGACAAAGGAAAUCCAGAGGACUGUUUACAGGGAGUUUCAUUGUAAACCAAGCUACUGGAAGUGUUGGAAGGCUGGUAUAAUUGCUAAGAACUGGGUUAGGGAGACACCGGAGCACGGGUAUGGUUGCUUACCAGCUUAUUCUUACAUGGUUGAGAGUUUAAAUCCGGGUUCUAGAAUUUGCAUCAGGAUUGAGGAUGACAACAAGUUUUUAUAUUAUUUCAUGUCUUACGCAGCUUGCAUUCGAGGAUAUACCCACAUGAGAAAGGUUAUUUCCUUUGAUGGCACAAAUUUAUACGGCAAGUACGAGGGGGUCUUGUUGUCUGCCAUCGCACAGGAUACAGAGAACCAUGUCUAUCCAAUUGCAUUUUGCGUUGUGGACAAGGAAUGUGAUGACUCUUGGACCUACUUCUUCCAGUAG